CAUGCAUUGAUCGAUUCAUCUAAAGUGGGUUGUCCCAGGAGACCACGACAGAGGCCAGAAAGUCUCCCACACACCAAGCCACGCCAACACAACGUACGUUUGCUAAGCGAGUGUGUCCUGUCUGUCUGUCUGUCUGUCUGUCUGUCUGGACCCGACAACACACUGACUGAAUCAUAACAACACGCACGCCAUCUGUCUGUCUGUACAGAUGAGAUCUCCGUUGUGCCAAACUUACUCGUGUGUAUUCCGAAUUCUCCCCCUUCCUGUCAUCUGUCCGGCCGUCAUGUUGUUCCACACCAACCAGCAAGAACUCUCUCUUUGACACUAUCAAUCUCCCGAAGGCGCCGGUCGACGAUUACGAGCCUCGCGUCCCUGCCCCCCACACAGCACAGCAGUGGCCGGCCCUCUCACACGGCCGGGUCUUAGUCAAAUGGCUGUUCCUUCGAUAGCAUGCGAUCCAACUUCUUCCAGUGAUGUGCGCGCUCUGCAGCCAGUUGCUUCUCGAGCAUCGAGUCAUGCUCGUCGCGCUCCUUCUUGAACUGCUCUCUCUCCUGCCGCAUUUCUUUCAUCUCCUGCCGCACCUGCUGCAUCUGCUCGUCACGGUCCUGCAGCAGCUCAUUGAUGGCGCCCAGCAGUUCGUUUGCCUUGUCGGGGCCAAGCAGGAGGAGGAUUCGGUUCACCAGCUUCAGCUUCAUCGCCGCUGAUCGACAACACACACAAAUGGGAGCGUGGGAGUGAGAUGCCGGCGGCUGUUUCCCGUCAUUGUACCGUCUUCGUAAGUUGCGUCAGCCGAUGGGAUGGCUCCGCCGCUUGAGGUCUCCGCAAAGAGGCGGCCCAAUGGCCCUGACGAGAGGGAGAGAGGAAAGCGGUGGAUCAGUGGCAAACCAACAAGCGACACACGCCCAUCUGUCUCGUGUGUGCCCACCGGCGGUGAAUGGGAGGGCGUCACGGACAGCCACCAGUGAGGCGCGGCGUCUGAAAAGAGUGGCCAUGACGGGUGGAAAGUUGACACUGAUGUGUUGAGCCGUGUACCUGGUCCGAGGACAGACGAGCCACGGAGCUGGGCACUCCGAAAGGCGCUUCGUGAAUAGACCGACGCGCACAGAGAGAUGGCACCAGCAACAUCACCACGAUCACCACAUUGCUCAUUGUCAUCCUGCGACAAAGUCGUUGUGCCCUGGCGCUGACUGCUUCUCGAACGCCCGUGCGCAGCAGCAGGAGAGAGCUUGUACCAAAGCGAAGCAAGGGAUGGACGAAUUAAGACUAGAGCAGGUCUGAUCUGCUUACUUGU